AUGCCUGGCCGCCUACCCAAAAACUCCGACUUCCCCGCCUCCAUCGUCCUAGACAUCGUCCCGCCCCCCACGUCGCAACCCCCCACCAACAUCCUCAUCCUCCUGCACGGCCUGGGCGACACGCACGCCCCCUUUGCAAAACUCGGCCAGCAGCUAAACCUGCCCGAAACAGCGUGUAUCGCCCUCCAAGCUCCAAAUGGCCUGCUCCUCGACGUCGGCGGGUAUCAGUGGGGCGACGAUCUAGUCAUGGACCAGAGCAAUGGCGAACUGGACAUGGACACUGGAUUCAAGGGUGCAACGCGGCUGAUAUUGGAUCGCGUGAUUCGCGAUGUCUUGAUGGAGAAAUGCGGGUACAAGGCGCGCGAGAUUGUGAUCUUUGGGUUUGCGCAGGGGGGCAUGGCGGGGCUGCAAGUUGCAGCUGAAUUCGAGGGAAGCGAGUUGGGCGGCGUCGUCAGUAUUGGGGGUGGGCUGUCGCACUCGCUGCCCUUGAAGGCGCUGGAGAAGAAGUGCAAGACGCCGGUGUUGGUGUGUAGAGCGUCGAGGGGCUCCAAGGUCACGGACAGUGCGGUGUCGAAGCUGAAAGACGCUUUUGAGUAUGUUGAGGUGAAGGAUUGGAAGAGGAAUGGGGAUGGCAUGAUGACGAAUCUUCUUUGCGAUGAGGUUGUUGAGUAG